CCUCCGCCAGCCCGGUUCCGCUUCCGGUUGGCAGGGCGCUGGGCUCCAGAAAGUUGUCGCUGGGGUGGUCGCGAUGGGCAAGUCGGAUUUUCUUACCCCGAAGGCCAUCGCCAACAGGAUCAAGUCCAAGGGGCUUCAGAAGCUGCGCUGGUAUUGCCAGAUGUGCCAGAAGCAGUGCCGGGACGAGAAUGGCUUUAAGUGUCAUUGUAUGUCUGAAUCUCAUCAGAGACAACUAUUGCUGGCGUCAGAAAAUCCUCAGCAGUUUAUGGAUUAUUUUUCAGAGGAAUUCCGAAAUGACUUCCUGGAACUUCUCAGGAGGCGCUUUGGCACUAAGAGAGUGCACAACAACAUUGUUUAUAAUGAGUAUAUCAGCCACCGAGAGCACAUCCAUAUGAAUGCCACUCAAUGGGAGACACUGACUGAUUUUACCAAGUGGCUGGGCAGAGAAGGCUUGUGCAAAGUAGAUGAGACACCGAAAGGCUGGUAUAUUCAGUAUAUAGACAGGGACCCGGGAACGCUCCGCCGGCAACUGGAACUAGAGAAAAAGAAGAAGCAGGACCUCGACGAUGAGGAAAAGACUGCCAAAUUCAUUCAAGAACAAGUGAGAAGAGGUCUGGAAGGGAAAGAACAGGAGGCUCCUGUCUUUACGGAAUUAAGCAGAGAAAAUGAUGAAGAGAAAGUUACAUUUAAUUUGAAUAAAGGAGCAUGUAGUUCAGCAGCAACAUCUUCCAAGUCAAGUUCUUUGGGACCAAGUGCAUUGAAGACCAUAGGAAAUGCAGCUUCAGUGAAACGGAAGGAAUCUUCCCAGAGCUCCACUCAGUCGAAAGAAAAGAAGAAAAAGAAGUCUGCCCUCGAUGAGAUCAUGGAGAUUGAAGAAGAAAAGAAAAGAGCUGCCCGCACAGACUACUGGCUACAGCCUGAAAUCAUCGUGAAAAUUAUAACCAAAAAACUUGGAGAGAAAUAUCAUAAGAAAAAGUGCAUUGUUAAGGAGGUAAUUGACAAAUACACAGCGGUUGUAAAGCUGAUGGACUCUGGAGACAAGCUGAAGCUGGACCAGACUCAUUUAGAAACUGUGAUUCCAGCACCGGGAAAAAGAGUUCUCGUUUUAAAUGGAGGCUACAGAGGAAAUGAAGGUACCUUAGAAUCCAUCAAUGAGAAGACUUUCUCAGCUACUAUAGUCAUUGAAACUAACUCUGGACUCCUGUACUCUGUGUCUUUAUCUCUGAGUGAAAUACUUUUUCAUCUCCAGUACAGUAAGUUUUAGUAUUUGGGGGGAUAACGGACCACUUGGAGAGUCUAAACAAAAUUCUGAACUCUCUCCAAAAAACUGCGCAUAACCGCCAAAUUUUGUGAGUUUUCUUAAGAAGUUCAUAGGCUCCCUAAACCCGUCUGGGGACUGAUUAGGGAAUGUGUGUCUCAGGAAGGUGUUCUGGAAAAGCCAUUUAGGUCCUUACUUGAGAUAAAUCCCUUUUAAGUAAAUUAAGCUUUUCUUUUCUUUUUUUCCCUUUGUCUGGCAAUACUAACCUAGAAACUGUCACUGAUAUAAACUCUAUAGGAAAAAAAGGAAAAGAGAAAUGUCUUUGAGGAAUUUAUCAAUCUGGCAAAGUUAAGAGACGGAGUUUUUCUGAAAAACUCAGUAAGUUUUUCUCUCUGGCUUAAUCAUUAUAAGGUCAUGGAAAAUCUCAUAUUUCCCUGGCAAAGUAAUUCUCCUCCACUUUUUAAUUUUGUAACACUAUGCAGUUUAGAUCCUGCUUCAUGUUUUCAUCUCAGGGAAACUGAAAACAACUGAUUACUAUUGAGGAUGUUCUAGGUUCCAUCCAGAUGCCUUUGGUUUACAGUUUGUAUGAUUUUCAAGAGCUGAUUUCCUACCGCCCUC